AAAGAACUUAGGCACAUAAUUCACAAUUUUCUUACCCCUCCCAGUUCUGCCAUUAUCCUGGGCCUUUCCCGGUGAACAGCCUCACAGCCCUGCUCCCUGGUUCUGCCCCCUCCGCCUAGUGAUUACUCACACUGCAGGUGGGAAUCAGGAGUGAAGACCUCGAUACGUGUUAGAACUAAUCCACUAUUUUGUUUUUCCCUCUCCCUCAUUCCCACAAUGCCCUUUCUUUGGUAGUUUUAUGAAGACGUCUGGGUGAUUAGGUUUCCUAUCCCUCAAGUUGACCAGCUGAACUCUAUGCUCCUUGGGGUCCUAGACCCCUUUAAGAAUGCACACAGGUGUAUACAAAAUUCUAUAAAAAUUCCCUGGGUUUCUCAGUGUUUUUAAGCCCAUCCAUGUAAUGAGUAAGAGUUCUUGGAUCCCUCAGUAAAUCCCUUCUCUGAGUAAAUGUUUGUUGAAUUCUUCCAGGAUUUCCUUUCACUUUGUUCCAUCAGUACACUUGCAUUCUUUUCUAUCUCUUACAUUUGUGUAUCAUUGCAGAUUUGCAAAACAAUUUAACAUUUGUUAUCUCUUUGAUUCACCCAAUACUAUGAAUUUGCCAAAUGUGAAUCUUCUAAAAACUUUUUAUUAUGGAAAAUGUCAAACAUACAUGGAGAGAGAGGAAAGUAUAAGGAAUCUUAUGUACUGAUCACCUAACUUCAUCAGCUGUCCAGUGACAGCAAACUUUUCAUCUGUAUUUCUCCACUGCACCCCAGGCCCCACUGGUUACAUUGAAACAAUUCCUAAAUAUCAUAUAAUUUCAUGUGAAAUAUUUUAGUAUGUAUUCCUAAAAGAUAAGGGUGUUUUAAACAUAAUCAUAAAUUAUUUAUCACACCUAAAAUACCACUUAUUCUUCAAUAUCAUCAAAUAUCUGAUCAGUGUUCUGAUUCCCCUUAUUUCUUCCCCAUUGGCUUGUUUGAACCCACAGCUAAAAAAAGAUCCACUUACUCCAUUUAGUUACUGUAUCUCUCAGUCUUGAUUAAUCUAGGGCUUACCUCCCAUCUUCCUCCCUCCCUGCCUCUCUCUUUUUUCCUGACAGUUUAUUUCUUGAAGAAACCAGCUUUAUUUAUUUUUCUGUUCUGUCUGCAUCUCUGCCAUAUUAUUUUGCAUGCUCACCUGGAUCCCACAUUUUUUACAAAUCAGAGGCUAGAUCUGACUCAGAAUUAAGUUUUGGACAGAGUCCAUCGUGCGUGGAGUGCCACUUCCAUCGGGAGAUGCAUAGUGUCCACCUGUCCUUCUUGGUGUUUAGUUAGCAGCCUUUGAUGACUGUUUCCUGGAGCCACUGGCUAAUUACGAGUUGAAAAAUGACGUGAGUCUAAUCCUGAUACCUUGUUCAUCUAGUCGGCAUCCUCUAAAGAGCCAGGUUUGAAAUUUAAAGCUGUUUCUGUGUCAUUUUCCAGAAUGGCUUCCUUCGGAUGGAAGAGGAAGAUUGGUGAGAAGGUGUCCAAGGCCACUUCCCAGCAGUUCGAAGCUGAAGCUGCGGAUGAAAAGGACGCAGCGGAGAGCGAGGAAGGCGCUUGGCUGCAUGCCGGGAAGCGCCGGAAAGAAGUGCUCCUGGAAGGCUGCGCCGAGAGAAGCAAGCAGCUGAAGGACGAGGGCGCCAGCCUGGCUGAAGACAAACGGUACCGAGAGGCGAUUCAGAAGUGGGACGAAGCGCUGCAGCUGACCCCGAACGACGCCACGCUGUACGAGAUGAAGUCACAGGUCCUCAUGUCGCUGCACGAAAUGUUCCCGGCAGUUCACGCGGCGGAAAUGGCCGUGCAGAGGAACCCGCGGUCCUGGGAGUCGUGGCAGACUCUGGGGCGCGCGCAGCUGGGCUUGGGGGAGAUCGUCUUGGCGAUUCGAAGUUUCCAAGUCGCCCUGCACAUCUACCCGAUGAACCCCGAAGUGUGGCAAGAAGACCUUUCUUGGGCGAGGACGCUCCGCGAGCAGCAGACGGUGGCCCAGAGGAGCGAGAAGAGUGCCGCGCCGGCGGAGGCGACACACGUCUCGCCGAGGGCAAUUCCCGACUAUGACUUUGAGAGUGAUGAGAUCGUGGCCGUUUGUGCCGCUAUCGCCGAAAAACAGAAGCCCGCGUCGGCAAAUAAAACAGUGGUUAUUGUGUCGGCCUCUGGGACCGUGGAGACCGUCACGGAGCAGGAGGACGGCGCUGCGUCGCCCGAUGGCUCCGUGUUUAUCAAAGCCCGAUGAGGCCUAGCAGGGGUUGCUUGAGCCCACCUUGUCGAUGGCCACUUCAAGUUGUAGGCCUACGGGCAUCUACUCUGGAGAAACCGGGCAGAAGCGCUGUUUGUAAAGUGAGUUUUUCACAGGAGGCAGAUCAAAACGAACGGGUAGAAUUAUUAUGUAGUGUUGGGACUAUGCUGUGAUAAGUUAUGGUUUAAACUUAUUAAGACUGGAAUUCUGACUACAGUGGUUUUGGUUAAUAAACGUAAUCCAAAUGUAGACGUGAACACAUCUUAAGGACACCACUUGGACAUGAAUGCUUGCCUGGUGAAUGACUCGAUGGCCAGUGUUGCUAAAAUGCUGACUUGUUGGUGGUUAUGGUAAAAGGAAGUCGGCGAUUGGUUUCCCUCCUAAAAAUACACUGCUGUUACUAUUCAGUCUUCUAUUUUUUUUUGUUUCAUUAGAGUAACUGUGUCACAAAACUUGAAUAUUUUUGAUGUUCGUUUGGAUUCAAAGUUUUCAUUUGGUUACAUGCAGAUUCUUUGAAAGUUCAGCUGGAAAUGCAUGCAAAUGUGUACAUUCUGGGCAUUUUCUGCAGCUUCUGUUAAUUCUAAUUUAUGCUUCUUUUGACUUUGACUUCAAAAUAAUUAUAACCAUGGUUGUUGCCACACCUUCAGUAUUUGUUGGAGGUAGGAAGUACUUACUGAUAAAUGUGAGAAUGAUGUUUUUUGGGUUUUUUUUGACAAUGGUAGAUAGUCUUUACCACAGGCAAUUUACUUUUAAAAAAUACAUUUUAUUGAUUAUGCUAUUACAGUUGUCUCAAUUUUCCCCCUCUGCCCCCCUCCGCCUAGUGUCCCCACUCCUUAGUUCAUGUCCAUGUGUCAUGCGUGUAAGUUCUUUGGCCUCUCCAUUCCCUGUUCUGUUUUUAACAUCCCCCUAUUUUGUACCUUCCAAUUUGUGCUUCUUAAUCCUCGUACCUUUCCCUCCGUUUUCCCCCUUCCUCCUCCCAGUUGAUAACCCUCCAAAUGAUCUGCAGAUCUAUGAUUCUGUUUCUGUUGUGCUUGUUUGCUUGGCUUAUUCUUUUGAUUCAAUAAUGGAUAGUUGUGAAUUUAUUGCCAUUUUAAUGUUCCUCAUUUUGAUCUCCUUUUUCUUGUAUAGUAUUCCCUUUAGCAUUUUAUGUAAUAAUGGCUUGGUGAUGAUGAACUCCUUUAGCUUUACUUUAUCUGGGAAACACUUUAUGUGCCCUUCCAUUCUAAAGAAUAGCUUUGCUGGCCCUGGCUGGCGUAGCUCAGUGGAUUGAGUGCGGGCUGCAAACCAAAGCAUCGCAGGUUCGAUUCCCAGUCAGGGCACAUGCCUGGGUUGCAGGCCACAGCCCCCAGCAACCGUACAUUCAUGUUUCUCUCUCUCUCUCUCUCUCUCUCUCUCUCUCUCUUUCUCCCUCCCUUUCCUCUCUAAAAAUAAAUAAAGAAAAGAAAAGAAAAGAAUAGCUUUGCUGGGUAGAGUAAUCUGGGUUGCAGAUCCUUGCUUUCAUCACUUUGAAUACUUCUUGCCAGUCUCCUCUAGCCUGCAGAAUAUCUUUUGAGAGGUCAGCUGACCACCUUAUGGGAACUCCUUUGUAGGAAAUUGCUUUCCUCUUGCUGCUUUUAAGAUCUCUAUCUUUAACCUUUGGCAUUUUAAUUAUGAUGUGUCUUGGUGUGGUCCUCUUUGGGUCCAACUUGUUUGGGACUCUCUAUACUUCCUGGACUUGUGUGUCUAUUUCCUUCACCAAAUUAGGGAGGUUUUUCAUUAUUUUUUUUUUCAAAUAAGCUUUCAUUUUCUUGCUGUUCCUGUUCUUCUGGCACCCCUAUGAUUCAGAUGUUGGUACAUUUAAAGGUGUUCCAGAGGUUCCUAAUCCUGUCCUUGUUUUUAUGAAUUCUUUCUUCUUCCUGCUAUUAUAAUUGAAUGCUUUUUCCUUCCUUGUGUUCCAAAUUGUUGAUUUGAUUCUCCGCUUCAUCCUCUUCAUUGUUGAUUCCCUAUAGAUUUUUCUUCAUUUCACUUAAUGGAAACUUCAUUUCUGCCUGGGUCUUUUUUAUGGCAUUGAAGUGCCCAUUGAGUUCUUGGAGCAUCCUGAUAACCAGUAUUUUGAACUGUGCAUCCAGUAGGUUGCUUAUCUCCAUUUCAUUUAGAUCUUUUUCUGGAGUUUUGUUUUGUUCUUUCAUUUGGGUCAUAUUUCUUUGUCUCCUCAUUUUGGCAGCCUCCCUGUGUUUGUUUCUGUGUAUUAGGUAGAACUUCUUCUACUUCCUGUCUUAGCACACCUGUUAAACUAUGUGGGGUGGAGCCUUGGGUCAUCACUAGGUGAGGGCAACCCGUGUCACCCCUCUGUUGCUCUGUGUGGGGAGGGGCCUGCAGAGGGGACAGUGCACUGCCUGGCCUCUGGAGUUUUGUCUGGAGGAAGCUGUCCCUGCACCCGCACUUCGCUCUCUCCCCAUGUGCCACUGGUGCCCUUCUAGCUGUUGUCCUUGUCCUGAAUCCCAGAGGGGUGGGUCUGCGUGAGUCCUAAAUCCAUUGUGGGCCCUUUAAGAGGAUGCAGUUUCUUCUGCCCACACCCAAACCCCCACUGGUUUUUACAGCCAGAAGUUACGGGGACUUAUCUUCCUGGCACUGGGACCCUGGGCUGGGUGGUCUGGACUGGGGCUGGGAUCCCUCACUCCUGAGGUAUCCUUCCCAUUUUUUAAUCCACCACACAUGGAUGUGGGGCCACCCUUCCUGUUCCCACGCCUCUCUGCACCUCUCAGGGUCUCUACCCCUGCUACCAUCUGGAUGCAUGUGGCUUCUUUAAAUCCUUGGUUGUCCACAACCAAGGCUUCUUUAAACCCUUUAAAUCCACAGCCAGGUUUUCUGACAGUGCUGGGUGAUCAUCGUUUUGCAGUGUGGCUGUAGUUUCUGCUGUAGUUGUGCACAGAGACGAGACGUAUUUACCUGUGCCUCCGACUUGAUCAGAAGUUGCAAGUCAUUUUUUUGAUGUACAUUUUUUAAAAUGAAUGGCUCUUGUAGCUGCAUCAUAAAUCGUACUGCAACAUUGCUCUGGUCACAAGCAGUAUUUUCUUUAUUUUCAAAAGCUGAAAGCCCUGAUCGGUGUGGCUUAGUGGGUUGGGGCAUCAUCCUACAAACCAAAAGGCCGCUUGUUCAGUCAGGGCACAUGCCCGGGUUGCAGGCUCGGUCUCCGGUUGGGGGCGCUCGAGAGACAACAGAUGGAUGCUUCUCUUGUACAUCGAUGUUUCUCUCCCCGUCUUUCCCCCUCGCCCUCUCUCUAAAAAUAAAUAAAUAAAAUCUUUUUAAAAAAAAGCUUGAAAGCCUUGAAUAUAGCUUAUCAUUUGCUAACAACUUUCCAGCUGAUGGUUUGGGAUUCCUUUUGUAGAUAACUUGUUUGGAACUAGUCAGCAAAAGAGAAAUAAUUGUAAUUUUAAAUAGCUAAAGUAUAUCUUUCUAAAGGAAAAGUAGGGAUGUGACUGUUAGAGUUCCGGUGAGUGACUAACUUAGGCACAGCACACAUGGACACUAACAUGCGAUUUGUGGUGCGAUCCCAUGCACGGAGAAGGGCGUACUGAAGAAGCAGUUCAUUGGAACACCACAGCGAUGUCCAUCCACAAAUCAGUAUUGCCAUUGCUGAUGUGAAUGAUUAUUUUUGUAGAACACACAUUGCAGUACAGUUACGUAGAACUGCUGGGAACUGUUACUUCUGACACUCAGGGAGCUACUGUUGAUAGACACUUAAUUUAAUCUUUGUUAGAGAUGAAAGUGUGUUACUUUAUUUUAAGAAAUCUCAUCCUGUUGGAGCAUGUCAGUAAUGGUUUAUAUUUUUCUGAGAUGAUUUGUGAAAUUUUUCUUUCAGUGGAAUGUUUACCUCUUAUUUCAGAGUCAGAGAAGUCAGCACUUGCCUUGAAAAGUGUUACCUUUUCUCCAAGGUUAUACUAGAAAAUUAGCUCUGGUUGGAGAGGUUGGUUUUAGAAUGAUCCGAGAAAAAAACCAAAUAAUAAUUCUAUUUUAUUCUGUUUAGUAAGAAAUAUUCUCAAAGGGUAGAUAGUUGGGGGUCUACAGAAGUUGGUAUGUUGUUUUGAGUAAUGGGUAUUUGUUUAUUGUGUAAUUUGGGAAUAGUUUUUUAUGUAUUUUAAUGUUUUGCUUAUUUUGUGUUAUAAGCUUUUGAAAAGUUAGAUUGAUUUCUUAUGUGAAUAAAAAAUGUGAAGCACUGUGUAUAGUAUCUCACAUGUGACUCACUCAGUACGUGCCACCUUUUUCUAUGAAGAGCUCAGAUCAGUUUGGAGAUAGUGGAUAAUUUGGAGAUAUAUGAAUUUUUCCAAUUUUAAGAAAGGAAGAGAAUUUCUUUGUAAUUUUUUCCUUAUCUGAAAGUGAGAAGUCACUGCUUUCAAUGUUGCGAGCCACAGGUGGUUAUCGGUUGGGGAUUGUUCCUGGAAUGAGGUCUCAACCCCCAACACGGCCAGACCCAGGAUGCAGGGCGUGCCACCCCGGGUGCUGCGUAGAGAACCCUGUGUUUCCUCCCGAGUGACCUCGGCGGGCCGGGUUCGUCCCUUCCCCGCUCAGAUACGAGACGUAAAAUGCUUCGCACACAGCAUGGAGGAGGAGAAGAAAUAAUCAGGGAGAAGGAGGCAGCUCAUGUCUCCAGGCCCCACAAGACGCUUGGCUCACGCCCUUCCGUGCGUGAAGGGGAAGCGCGUACGGUGUUUUAUGCGGAUGCGGAUGCCGAUGCGCUGACAUUUACUGAACUGACGGACUGUGACAGCACGUUUCCUUACCUGAAAGAAAAGUAAUAGAUGUUCACGAUAGUAGUGUAAUUAAAUGUGUUUAGUAUGCUUUCUGAAACAACACUAAACAGGAAAAUUACAUGGAAUAAAGUUUGUGUGUUUCUUGGCUGAAAACUGUGUGGCCUAGAUGCUCAGUGGUCAGGACACUGCCACCCGCCCCGGGCCUGGUAAUUCGAGGAUUGUACACUAUUCUCUCUCUUUUUUUUUUAAAGGUAAGUUUUUUUUUUUUUUUAAAUCAUUGUUCAAGUACAGUUUUCUCCCUUUUACUCCCAAUCCAGCCCACCCACCCAACCCUCCCCUCUUCCCUCCCAUCACCACCCUCCCCCUAGUUUUUGUCCAUGUAUCCUUUAAAUUUGUUCCUGUGAACCCUUCCCAAUGUCCCCUUAAAUUCCCUCUUCUCUCCCCUGUGGUCACUGUCAGCCUGUCCUCCAUUCUAGUGUCUUUGGUUAUAUUUUGCUUGUUUGUUUGUUUUGUUGUUUAAGUUCCCGUUAAAGGUGAGAUCAUAUGGUAUUUGUCUUUCACUGCCUGGCUUGUUUCGCUUAGCAUGAUGCUUUCCAACUCCAUCCACACACUAUUCUCUAGACAGCGGGUUCUUAGAUUACGGACUGUUCGUCUUCAGUCUGCUAACCAAUGCUACGUGAACACUGGGAAGUCACGCGAGGCACGGAUCACAGGGCCGGAAUCUGUCGCCUCCGGGGUCUCCGCCCGACGUUUUAUGGGAGCGGUCUCGGUGUGAAGCAAUUUUACACGGAUGCUCUGUGGCUGGACCAUAAUGAAGACGAAAGAGGCGCGUCUCAGAAAGCUGGAGUGUCCUAGAUCACAGCUGAUCGGGGUGGCCUUUUUAGAUUGAAACUUACGCUGUAUGUCACGACGUCAACAGCUUGUCUCAUCGCCUUGCCGAGUGGUUGGAAAGCGGUCAUUCCUUCAGUUUCAGGCUGCCGGAAUCAGAAGGCCUUCUGAACCAACUCUGGACUUCGGUUUCAUGAUGUAAUGUAUCUAAAUGAUUUUGAGUUGAGUUGACACAAGAAUCAUAAUUUCAUAAUUGUCUUCAAAUCAAUAGCUGUAUUAAAUGUGUUUUCUUCCCGAGAGAUUAUCACACUGAUGGUAUAUUUUGUAAUCGGUGGCAUUUUGGGAUUGAGAAAGUAAUUUGUUUUUAACCAGGAUUAUAGAAAUCUGCAAAUGGUUUGCUCAUUACCAAAGUAAAUUGAGAUAUGUCAGUGUAGUCACUUGCAAUUAAAUACGCUCACGUGAAUGGAAGACAAGGGGUGGCCCUACAGCUGGUGUACCGUGAAUGUGCCUUAGUGUGUGUUGUGUGUGAUCGUCACCUGUUGCGCGUGCCGAGGUACAAGAAAGGUGGAGAACGUUGAUCUUCACUUGGUGGGGAAGAUGGUAAAGAUGGCUUCCUUCCACAGUGCUGCUUUGGACAUCCAGUAACCGAGGAAUCCUGAUCUCCCCCUUUCCUUUUCUCCCUCGUCCUCAGGAGAGGGAGUUUAGGGUAAGUCCCUGGACGUGAAAGCUCCCUUCUCCCCUUCUUUGGACGGAUGGUGCCUGUGCAGAGCCAAGCCUGACAGAUAUGCAGGCCUUGCCGGGAAGGUGCUCCGUCUGCCUCCCAGGGGCUGUGCCGGACGGCCCACGCCCUGGUGAGCAGGUCUGUCUAGUUUGGGGUUGAUGCUUAGUGGCCAUGGUUGGCACAGACCUAAGUUACAUCCUCUCACCCAGACUUCUUCAGCAAUAAAUCUGGCCUUCUUGUUCUGCAUCUGCCUGACUCCUUUUGUCCUUCACGUGGCUCAGAAAUCAGGAGGGGGCAGGGGGGCAUUACAUGACUCCCUCUAACCCCAGCGGGGUUAUAUUUCCAAGUGCAGGUUAUAUUUCCAAGUGAGGACAUUUUGUCUAAUUUCAGAUUUUUUUAAACCACGCAAAUUAUGUUGAAAAUGGGUGAUGCUGAUUACAAGGUGACAUGUGAACAUUUGUUCAAGUGUGAUUUACAUAAAGUAAAACAUCCAUUGUGAAUGUGCAGUUUGAGGAGUUUAGACAAACGUGAACACCCAUGCAAUCCGUCAUCAUUACCACCGAGAUGUAGACUAUUCCCAGCACCCAGAAGGUUCUGUUACACCCAUUUGCAGUCUUUCCCCUUCGCCCCAACAACCAGCACCUGCCUGCUUCCUGUAGCUAUAAAUUAGGUUUGACUGUUCUAGAAUUUCAAAUACAGGUAUUGUCCCCUGUGUCUGACAUUUUUGCUCAGUGUAAUGCUUUUGAAAUCUGUGUUGAGCUUGAUCCAUGUUAUUGUGCCUAUCAGUAAUAUGUUCCUUUUUUUAUUUCUGGGUAUUAUUCUGUUGUGUGGUUAUACCCCAAUUUGUACCUUUUCCUAUUGUUGAUGGACAGCUGGGUGGUUGCUGAAUAUCUGAAGCUUUGCUCAGUUAUAAAUAAAGCUGCUGUGUGUGUAUGUCA